AUGGCAUCCACCACACCAGGCGUUUACAUCAGCGGCGGCAAGAAGACGUUCAUUCCAUUGGAGAACAACCCAGAAGUCUUCACCGACCUGAUCCAACGCCUUGGUAUUUCUCCAGAGCUCAGCUUCUACGAUGUGUACAGCAUCGACGAGCCAGAGCUGCUGAGCUUCAUUCCGAGACCAGCACAUGCUCUCAUCUUCAUCUCCCCAGCCGAAGUCUACCACAGAGUGCGUGCGAAGUAUCAAGGCCCCAAAGAGAUCACAUACGACAAGUCUGGCGAGGGAGAGCCCGUGAUGUGGUUCAAGCAGACCAUCGGCCAUGCUUGCGGACUCUACUCUCUUGUCCAUGCCGUCGGUAAUGGUUCAGCCAAGCAGUUCAUUGCCCCGAACUCGCUUAUGGACAGACUCCUGAAGGAGGCUUUACCGCUCAAGCGGGCACCCCGAGCAGACGUCCUCUACAACUCGGAGGAGCUCGAGAAGGCUCACAUGGCGUCUGCUGUCAAAGGCCAGUCGCUCGCGCCUCAGGCCUCGGAGCCCAACGGAUACCACUUCAUCACUUUCGUGAAGGGCACAGACGCCCAUUUAUGGGAGCUCGAAGGCAGCUGGAACCCCAUUGACCACGGCCCGCUUGACGGAGACGAAGAUGUGUUGAGCGAGAAGGCGCUGGAGCUUGGGGUGCGAAAGUUUCAACGUGAGGCGCAGGGCAAUCUCGAGUUCAGCAUUGUGGCGCUGGCAACUCGCCCAGGAGGCGGGGAGGCGUCCGUCAAUGGCGCGUAG